GGUCGGCGGGACGGAUGCCUGGUCUGUGAAUAUGCAAUACGUGGGAAUGUCGGAACCAUGGCGUCAGCAACCCGAAGCGUUCGCCGUGGACAUCCGGCUCCUUGAACUGAAAUCUGGAGAAUCAUAUGCAUAUCUCAUGCUUAGAGUGAAAUCAUGGCAGCCAAUGAUAAAGUAGCCAUCUUAACUGAUGACGAAGAAGAGCAGAAGAGAAAAUAUGUGCUUGCUGAUCCUUUCAGUGGGAUUCCCAAGGAGCAAGAUCUCCAAACCCAAAGUGAUACCCCUUCAACUGAGACCACUACUAUUCCAGACGAAGAGCUUGAUUGGCUUGAAAGACACUGCGUGAAAGUGAAUAAUGAUCUCUUGAUCUCAAAAGUCUUUUAUUUUUUCUUUUAUGCUGCUUAUGGUUCCCUGUACCCAUUGCUUCCCGUAUACUACAAACAGCUAGGCAUGACUCCCAGCCAGAGUGGACUCCUGGUAGGGAUUAGAUACUUCAUUGAAUUUUGCAGCGCUCCGUUUUGGGGAGUGGUAGCAGAUCGCUUUAAAAAGGGGAAGGUUGUUCUUCUCUUCUCCCUAUUAUGCUGGGUGCUGUUUAACUUAGGAAUUGGGUUUGUUAAACCAGCAACCUUAAGGUGUAUGCUAAAGAACCCUGUCCCCAUUCCUCCUACCAAUGCCAGUCACCUUUCAGCAGCAGCCCCACAAAAUAUCUCCAUUUCUUCUGUCAUGCCUACUCUGGGAACUACAUUAACGAAGGGCCGAGGGAAAAGAGAUUUGCUGACCUACAGCUUGCCAACUCUGAGCUCAGCUUUGCCCAUGAAUUCUAAAUCUACCUUUUCUCCAACUAUUCAAAAUGGAGAUGGGGAGCAUUCUUUAAAAGAAGAAGAGGGUGCAACUGUUGCCAGUACUCCAAAAGUUACUGCGGGUCUGUUGGGAAAUACCACCCACAUAACAGCAUCACCUGCAGUCACCACAAAAACAGCCCUUCCUGGCCAUGUUUCUCUUGUCUAUGAUCAUCAGGAGGUUGAAGCGAUCUUCUUGCUCAUCCUCCUUGUUGUGAUUGUAGGAGAGUUUUUCAGUGCCUCCUCAGUCACUAUAGUGGACACUGUGACUCUGCAGUAUCUUGGCAAACACCGGGACCGUUAUGGGCUACAGCGAAUGUGGGGAUCUCUGGGCUGGGGACUGGCCAUGCUAUCAGUGGGUAUUGGCAUUGACUCUACCCAUAUUGAUGUGCUUGUUGAAGGCCAAGGCUGUAAGGCUCCAGAGUACAAGAACUACAGGAUUGUUUUCAUAGUCUUUGGGGUCUUGAUGACACUCUCUUUGAUUGUGGCCACCCAAUUCAGAUUUCGGUACAACCACUACAAGCAAGAGGAAAACCAAAGCACUGAGGCAGAGGACUCCCACGUGGACAGAAAUUCCUCCACAGAUUCCUCCCAUGACACACACAGUGACACAAGCCAGUCCCAGUCCUUUAAUUUUUGGGACUUGAUUAAGCUGCUGUGCAGUAUCCAGUAUGGCUCGGUGCUGUUUGUGGCUUGGUUUAUGGGUUUUGGAUAUGGCUUUGUGUUCACCUUCCUUUACUGGCACCUGGAGGAUCUGAACGGCACCACCACGCUUUUUGGAGUAUGCUCUGUUUUGAGUCAUGUCUCCGAAUUGACGGCAUAUUUCUUCAGUCACAAGCUGAUUGAGCUGAUUGGUCACAUCAGAGUGCUGUAUAUCGGUCUUGCCUGCAAUACAGCUCGUUAUAUUUACAUCUCCUAUCUAGAAAAUGCUUGGACUGUUCUGCCUAUGGAAGUCCUUCAGGGUGUGACUCACGCAGCCAUCUGGGCAGCUUGCAUUUCCUAUCUAAGUGCUGCUGUGCCUCCAGAACUGAGAACGUCAGCACAAGGGAUCUUGCAGGGUCUUCACCUUGGCCUGGGCAGAGGAUGUGGAGCAAUGAUUGGUGGCGUGUUGGUCAAUUAUUUUGGAGCAGCGUCAACAUUCAGAGGGAUAGGAAUGGCUUUUCUUGUCAUCCUCUUGCUUUUUGCUUUGAUUCAGUGGGUGGCAGUUCAUGAUGAGAAAGAAGAGAAGACCAUGCUGGCUGAAAGGAUCCCAGUGCCUUCAAGUCCAGUGCCCAUUGCCACAAUUGAUCUUGUACAACAGACUGAAGAUAUCAUGCCUCGCCCUGUGCCUAGGCUUCCCGCCAAGAAGACCAAGCACCAAGAGGAGCAAGAAGAUGUACACAAGCCUGCUUGGGGUGUUAGUUCUUCACCCUGGGUUACCUUAGCCUAUGCUCUUUAUCAGAUAAAAGAGAUGGUUCAGCUCUCCAAAACCAAUCAGGCACUCGAGAACCAGCCUUUGCAGAAUGCCACCAGUAAUCAUGAUUCCACACCAGAUAGCCCUCUGGAUCAAAGACAUGAUGGUACAGUGGUAGAACCUUCAGUACCUACAGCUACUCUUGAAACCCACCCCAGUUUGGACUGCCCAGUUCAUUCAGAGAGCAGAGCUCAGUCUCCUGAGGCAGAGCAUGAAUAGGACUUUGUUGAAUCCAGCUCACAACGCUGAACGCUGCUGUUGCAAUCAGAAAAAGGCUGACGUGGGAGUUUGAGACCUCAACUCCCUUCCUCUUGGCAAUAGUAAUCUGAUGCAGCCAAAGCUUUUAAAAUAUUUAAUGCCUUUUCUGUGACAAAACCUGACAGGCCUGGUGCAGGAACAAUUCAGAAGGCUAAGCAGAAGCGGCUGAAUUAAUAACUAGCAAAGGAGCGCGCUAUUUCAUCUGAGGUUUUUUUUUCCACCUGAAUGGAAGUGUUGUAAACAAACACAUCUGAUUGUCUUGAUAAUUUUCUGGAUUGUAAUUAAUUUUCACAAACAAAAAAACCCCAUUCAGUUCCAUUUCCUCUUGCUUAAUGCAGUUAACAUUUUAAUUCAAUAUUAGGGGAAGGGAAGAGAAGAAUUCAGCAAUUUUUCCCAGCUGGUGUUUGUUUAUUAUGAGAUGCAGUGGCUUCCCUAGAAGAGUUGCAUAACCUACUGAAGCUUCAGAGAAAAUACAGUAGUUAAAUAUUGAAAUGAAGGAAGGAGCCACAUAGAAUUCUGUCUUUUGUAAAGACUUUUCAGAGAUGUUGCAGAGCUUUUGGCUGGUAAAGUUCUACACAAAACAUCUGUUGAAGCCUUUCUAACCAGACAAGUUGCAUUUAUGCUGCUAUGGCCAGGCCAUAGAGCACCAGUAAGGGCAUUUUAGAAAGAACCAGAACAGAAAAAUGUAGUUGCCCAUAGCCCUUCAAGAACAAGGAUAUGGGUUGGGAUAUGUGGUGUUGGGCUUAAAGACCUGGACUGUGAUCAUACAGUUGGAAGGUACUAAUGGUUUUAUAUGGGAUGGAUUUGUCCUAAUCACUGAACAGGGACUUUUCCCACAGAAACAGUCUAUGUGGAUUUUCUUUUUUGCCUCUCUGGUGUGUGAUUGGGAGCAGCACUCCUUCCUCCAGGCAGAUCUGAGACUUGAAGUUCCUACCCAACUUGUAUAACAACACAACAACAACAAAAGAUCAGAAAUGGCUAGCUUUAUUACUUUUUUGGAGUGGGGAUAGUGACAGCACUUCCCAUAACUGAUGUCUGUAGUCUGUUCAGCAGCAGGUAUAUAUAUCAGCUGCUGCUUGAGAAUUUUUCUUAGCAGGGCCGAUAUAAUUUAUUUUAUGAUAGAAUAUGCUUAUUUAAGGGGGAAGGGAAUAAAACUUUAUAGUAUAUAUUUAAAGUGCCUGUGGACUGGGAAAGGGUAUGAAUCCUAAUUAUUGUAGAUUAGGAAAAGAAAACAUUGUUAAUAUAAAAGCAGUUGGAAGAGGAGAAAAAUGGAGAGAAUAUUGAUCAUGUUGUCUUAACGCUAGUUUGUCAAGACAUUGGCAGAUUCAGGUUGGCGUUUUACAUUUCACCUAAUUGGACCCAGUUCCCUUACAUGCUUUGUAAUUAUAGCUGAGGGAAAAUGUUAGAUUCAAGUUUGUCGUGCUUAGGCUUCAAGCAUAUGUCGAGUUCAGCCUUCCAUUGGGGGAUUCCCAUUCAUGCGCAGUUUUGCCCAGAUGGUUUUGGCUUCUGGCAGCCAAUCGGAUGCCAUUUAUGCCCCAGGGGCUGGUGUAGUUCAUAGAAUUAGAUUUUAGAUUCACUUGAUUUUGAAUGCAGAAAAUAGAAUACCUUAAGAUAGAUGUUAAGGGUAUUCUCCUUACAUAAGCCUUAAGGGACUCUAACAGAAUCUGUACAUGGGACCAAAUACUGGCAAGUAGUUACUAGCUAUUUUUUGCACUUCGACUUAAAUGUACUGUAAAUUUCUCUUGACUUGUUUAAGUGUCCUUUAAAAAAAAAAAUCAGAAAUCUAUUUAUUAUAUGUUUAUAUUGCAGAGGGAGGGAAGGAAAGGAAUUUUUUAAAAAACACAGUAGACUGAAAAUGGUUAUUUAAAAAAGAAAUGAAUCCUUUAGAUGAACUUAUCUGAACUCUAUGUGGUAAAUGCUGUGGUAAUAACCGUUAAUGUUGGAUACCUGAGUUGUGAGGCAUUGAACUUACACAUUAUGUUUACAUGUCCAACCUGCUGUCAAACUGGUUCCUUCCUUGUAAGUGGGCAACGGGGCUGUAGUCAGCUCUCAUAUUUGUGAAGUUGUUAAAAUGUAGUGAGAUAAAUAAAAUUUCACGUAUAUGUCAAAAAAUGUCAUGUCCUGUUAAAAACAUAAAAUGCCAUGGGAGGAGCAGAUUAGCAAGCUUCUCCAUUUACUAAAUACGUUGUGCUUUUAUCAGAGUAGUUAUGAGAUAGUUAUUACUCAUAAAGGGCUUCCCUCAUUCCCAGCUCACCAGUCAUACCUCUUUCCUCCAGCUAAUGGCUCUGAGUAGGGCUGUGACCUUUAAGGAGUACAGGGUGAAAAGCAAUAUUAGCAAGACUUUAUCAUCUAAUCUGACUGCUCUAUUUGCAGAAGGAGCAAAUGGGUGACUCAGCUCAUUCAGGCGUUGGAUGAAGCCAGGUAUUCAGCGCGCCUGUGACAUGCCUAGAUGUAAUAAGGGACUCAAUGCUGAGGGAAGCUUAUGCUAGUCUCCUGCUGAAGGUAAAGAAAAAAGAUUCACCUUCAACUUUUUGCAAGUGAUUACACAGCUGAGCUCUGUAAAUUACCAGCAAGCCUCCAACCCAAUAAUACUCAUGUUGGAAAUUGCAGCCUCAAGGUUGAGCAAAGGUGCUGUAAGGGCACCUUUAGAUGGCAUAACCAUCAUGGCUCUAAGAUGGUUAUGAUGACACUUACCCCGCAAACAAUUACUCUUGAUAACCUCCCUGAAUUGAGCUUGCUUCCUGGUAACUAGGUGACUUGUCACUGCCUUCUUUGAGGUUGCUUUCUUGCAGCCCUGGGAUGUCCUUGAGGUCUCUUAUCUAAGUACAAGCCAAGUGCCAGCUGUUUUAGGUUCUGAGAUUAACCAAGCUUGGCUUGGCACUCCCAGCUUAUGUGACAAGGCGGCAUUUUCUUCUCUGGCACCUAGGGUGCAAUCAAACUGUUCCCUACUCUAACAAUUCUCAUUUGCUGGCACAUGAAGCAUAAAAGUUCCUUGUAAGUGCAGUUAAGUACUGAUUGAGGAUAGUCUGACUAGUCCAAAACUAGCUUUCAAAGGAUGAAUUUAACUGUUCCCCCUACCUUUCUUCUUCCUUGCCUGGAGGAUGUUAAUUAUAUCCCUAAUUUUAAUUUUGCACAUAAUCCUUGGCGUCAAGGGGUUCAUAGAAAGAAUUUGAACCUGGGUAUUGAGCAACAGGGAGCACAUCCCAUCAAUAUUAUCAGCAAAGAUCUCCAUAUUUAGCACUAUCAGAUGCUCCUUGCCGGGUAUCCUGUGGGCUUUGUGCAGGAAUUAAGAUAC